AUGGAUGGUAACGGUAGCAAAAUCAUUAAAAGAUAUGUACUGUUGAUGUUGCUGCUAUUAAUUGAUUGUAUGGUGCACCAAGUUUUGGCUACAAUCGAAGCAAGCAUCGAUCUUGGCACUGAGCUACCGUUUAUGGCUACCGCAUUUGUGCAAACAGGCAAUGAAUUGCAUUAUUUUUCAGAUAUCGAAUAUCAUGAAACAUUAGUCAGCGGUGCACCUGUCAAAAGCAAUAGUGAUGAAAACGGAUUAAUGCUCAAUAACCAAUUACAAUUUAGUCCAAGCGAAUUGCAGUUUGGUGAACAAUGGUUAGGGUCAUCAAAUCAACAGGAAGUACUAAUUUUUAAUCCAACCGCUUCAUCAGUUCGUUUUGAUGCUAUUUCUGGUUCAACUGUUCAUUUUCACUGUUCAUUCCCUUAUCAUAAGACCGUGAAUCCUGGUGAAUCGACUACUUUCAGAGUUGUUUUUCUGCCCCGACAGGAGGGCUUAAUCGAAAAUGUCCUUUUUGUGCAUUCAUCUUUAGGAACAUUCACUUAUUCUGUCAAAGGUAAAGGUGCAGCAAGUACAUAUCGAAUACGUCCGUGGAUUAAAGUGAAAGUACCAGUAAAUGGGACAAUGAUAUCACCAAUUCAUUUUCACAAUCCACAUUCAACGACGUUACAUGUUACAGAAAUAUGCACCAGUGGUGGUGAUUUACAUUUAGAACUGCCGCAUAUCGCACCUGAAACCUUACAUCCAGUUUCUUUAUGGAACAUUGCUCCAUACGAGACAAAAACUUUAGUAAGUGCAAAGUUGUUGGGGGUUUGUAAGCGAAAUUCGACAGUAUAUGUAAAAAUCAGGACUAGUAGAAAAGAGCGUAUUGUAAGUCAAUUUUGGAAUGAUUCCAAUCAAAAUGAAGUGGACGUACAAAACAUCCAAGAAACAUUCAUCAUUCCAGUUGAGGUAGAAAUCACUCAAAAGCGUGGAUUAUAUCCCAGCGUUGACUUGUUGGAUUUCGGAUUAAUAAGGGCUGGUGAAAAAUCUCCUGAACUAAUGUUGGAAAUUAUUUCAACGCUUGAAAAAGGCAUCGAAAUUGAUAAUCUUUAUGCGGAGCGAAGUGAUAAACCAAAUGGUAUUUAUAUGGAGUUUGCUUCGAAACCACCAAUUUCUGUAAAGUGCGGAGCUAGACAACAACCUGGUGCAUCAAAAGAAAUAGCUAAAAUAGUAUUUGACACAAAUUUGUUACGUGCUAAUGAAGAAGUCUCGAAGCUAGUACGUUAUAGAGGAAGGAUUGUUGCUGAAGCUCGAGGUGGUAUCUUUAAUAUAACAGUACCGUAUGUUGCACAAGUAUAUUAUGGAUCAUUAAAACCUAAAAUGGAGGAUAUUGCAUUUCAUAGUCUUCUACAGCCACCUGUAUCGCGGAGUAUCUCUCUAACUAACGAUCUACCAUUUGGAGUUGUUAUUUGGAAUGUGACUUUAGAUUCAGAUGCACAGCGAUCAUUUCAAGCAAAGUUGUUGUCAAAUGUCGUAGUAAUUGUUGCUGGUGAAACGAAGCCGGUGAUUUAUUUAAAGUACUUUGGCAAGGAAAAAAAUGGAUUUACAGCAUCUUUCACAGUUCACACUAAUGUUACAUCCUUUAAAAUACCACUCGUAAUUUUCAAUGGAAAGCUCAAGAUAAUUUUGCAAUCUUUAAAUCAAAAAGAAUUUGAUUUUGGAUUGAUGGAUGUUGGAGACAGUCGUUCAAUACAGUUCGCUAUAAUAAAUGAGAAUCCUGUUACCAUUACUAUAAAAAAUCUAAGAAGAGCAUUACCAUCAGUAACGACGUUAUUACUGUUGAAUGUUGAAACUAAACAAAACGCUGGCUUAAAUUUCACGAACCACCGGAAAACAGAUUUAUCGCACAUCUGGCGCGAGGGCGAAAAUUUCCAGUUACCUGGCUCCAGUUUUGCAGUAUUUAAAUAUACACUACGAGCUUCAAGUGAUUAUGGAGUUGUAGCUAGUAAUUUUAUCAUUGAAACAGCUUUUGAACAUGCAUCGUUUAUAGUCUCCUAUACAGUUGGUGGUGGUACAAUUGUAACAGUACCUGAAGUGCUUACUUUUGUUGACGCAUUUCCUGGUCGGAUAAGUUCACAUUCUUUAAAAGUAUUUAGCACAUUCAAAGAAGAUAUGCGAGUCUUGCGUAUCUCAUCGUUAUCAGGGGAUCACAGAGUUUUCUUUGAUGUACCAAAUUCCGAAAAUCCUCCGAUGAUCAGAGCUGGAACACUGUCGGAUCUCGGCCGUGUGCACGUCAUAGCGAGUGCCAAUUGCACAGACAACUGUUAUCUCGGUAUGCCAUUGCACACGGCCGAUGGACAAUGGUUUACUUAUGGUGUAAAGCUACCACAAAACCUUGCAGAAAUAGACUACUAUCUUUAUAACAGAUUUAGACGAAAAUUUUUGGCGCUUCAGGCGGAAGGCAAGAACUAUGUAAAUGAAACCAUAAUUAUUGAAACCGAUAAAGUUAAACAGCUAGAAGUACCUUUAUUGGCAGAACUUGUUUGGCCGAGACUUUUAACACGUUCGACUGUUCAUUUUCCUCUUACAGCAGUAGGAAAUUUUACGAUAGUGAAUUUAACAUUAACAAAUCCUUCAUCAUUACCUGUGGCAGUACAGUUGUUACCUUUGGUGAUUUAUCCCGAUGCCGAUGCACUAAUUGAUUUUUUUCGCAGUGAAUUAGAUUCUCCACUUACAGAACCAGUUGAAAUGAACGAAACUCUGAUGUUUUCAUUGCGCGAUACAGAAUUAUUCACUUUAAAGCCUGAUAGUCCCGUACCGAAAUUAAGGGAACAACUAGAAGAUGUUCUCGGAAUACAGGUUCCAAAGUUUACCUUAUCGAUGUUAUUACAACCAGGUAUGAAAGCACGAGUUCGCAUUGGUUUUUUGCCUUCUGAUUAUCUUCUUCGUUCUUCUUUACUGCUAAUUCGCAACAAUUUAACGGUACUAGAACCAGUUGUUUUGUACGGUCGUGGAGCGCAUAUGGAUAUGCAAGUAGAAGGCCGUGCUGCAAGAAGUCGUGAUCCAUUAACUUUUGAGAUACAACCUCAUCAUCUUUCCGAUUGUCAUAAUCCGAAACGUUUAACGCACAAACUUUUCACGACACUUACUGUGAAGCGUUCGUUCACUGUUGUUAACACUGGCGAAAUAGCAUUUACUGUCGUCAAUAUGAGUAUUAAUAACUUUGCUUGUGAAAAUCGAGGUUUUCGUAUUCUAAACUGUCAUCCUUUCAGACUGAAACCGAAUGCAACACACAUUCUGGACAUUGCGUAUACGCCUGAUUUUUUGAUGUCUUGGAACGAAGCUACUCUGCAAUUUUAUAUGCACAUGAAUGGAACAUCCUGGUUGUUUCCAAUUGGCGCAUCUGUACCACGUCAUAUGUUGGCAAAAUGUCAUUCAGCUUUGCCUCGUCCACCUUUUGAAAGUCUAAUAUUUUGUCUAAUAUGCGUAAUUGCUUGCGCGUAUUUGGAAGGUGAUCGAACAGUUACAUGUGCUAUAAAACAACAGUCUGGGCAGAUACGACAAAUUUUCGAUCUGAAUGCUGUUGAUCCAUUGCUUAGCAGUGAAACAGUUAUGAAGUCUUCAAGAUCUCGGCGGAAUGUUUUGCAUUAUUCAAAAGAAUCUUCGUUGUUGGUACGCUCAUUCUGGCAAACAGCAAAUAAUAUUCUUUGGUUGUUUUCAUUGGUCUGGCAGUUCCGUAGUGAUGAGCCGAUGAAGCCAGCAAAAACACGACAGACGAAGACACUAAUUAAAUGCAAUGUUACUUCGGCUUAUUCUGUAAAAGAUAUUAUGAGUAAUGGUUCAUCACAGUCAACUAUGACAUCGGAUUCAUCUAGUCGGACGACGAGUUUUUCUGAUGUAACAGAAAAACGAUAUGGUCACAAAAGCUCUAGUUCUUCUCCGCAUUCGAUUGGAUACCCGUCACAUACUGAUCAUUUGCUGAAGAAAACAUCUUCCAGUGGAGAGUACAAAUCUACCAAAGAAAAAAUUCAUCAUAAAUAUGUGCAAAGUAGAACUAUAAUUUUAGACUCCAAUAGAUUACGAUCGACAGUCACUGAAACUGCUGCUACGUUAUGGAAUUUGCAUGAUUCCAAUGUAUAUUCGAAAAAGUCAGGAUUGAAUAGCAAUGAAGAGUGUACUUCUCCUCGAAGAACCAAAAAAUCGGCCCACGAUUAUGUAUCACUAAGUGUUGCUGCAGUGCAGACCACGCCGACUCUAGAGAACGGUGGCAAUUGGUUAUCAACAGAUAAUGAAAAAGCUGUUGACGCAAGAUUGGAUGCAGAUUUGAGUGAUACAAAUGCUCUACCUGAAUGGGUAGAUGAACCUGUUACUUUACCCAACGCUAAUGUUGAUGAAGAUUUCGUUGCUUUAGCAAAUGCUGCUGAGCGUUUGUUUUCAUCUGGAGUUAAAUUACCUUCUACUCGACCACCACCUGUUACUAUUGUUCAUCCAUUGCAAUCUGAAAAGAAAAUAGACUUGCAAGAAAAGCAAAAGCUUUUUUCUAAAAACGAAUUGAGUCACAGAAAUACUGCGAUACUAGGUGCAGUCGGUUCAGAAAGAUAUGAGUAUAAAGCAAAUGGUAACCGACCGAGUGCAUUCAUUGAACAAUUGCAAAAGGAACGAAAAUUAGCUGAAGAUCAGUAUUUGAGAAACAAGCGCCUGAAAGAUGAACAAGAGGAACUCUGGCCAGGAUUUAAUCUAAAACUUCCAUUAUUAACAGAAAAUUUAUGGGAUGGGGAAUAUGAGAAACAAAAAAGAAAUGAAAGUGUCUGGCAAGUACCUCUAAAUUAUUCAAAUUAUUCAAGUAAUAACUGGUCGCCUGCUGCAUCGAGAAAUUAUAUUCAUUGUCGACAGACGAAUUCAGGCCAUGCAUGCAAUCACUCUGCGGACUCAAUUCAUUCGUUUAAAUUUAAUCCGGAAGCACCAGCAUUCGAUGUCGAAAAUUCACUGCAUUCACAACCUGGAAUGAUGAAUUCAGCACUACCAGGAUCACCUGCACUGUCUCUUCAUUCAACAGAAUUGCUUCCUGAAGUAAGAUCGGAUCGACUACAUAGGAUGCAACGUCAUGAUACUUAUUUCGAUGAUCCACUUGGAUUAUCAGGAAGUCUUUUUGGACGAGGCAUGACAAACAUCUGGGCAAAUGAUCCAGAUCAUGAAUUCCAAAAUACUGAAUGUGAGACGGCUUCUGCUUCAGCUGCCGUCUACUGGGCUGAAAAGCUCUUAUCUAAAGAAGAUAGAGGGAAAAAGGAGAGAUAAAC